AUGCCAGUGGUCAACGUCGAGGAUCUGGUGCGCCUGCAGCGCAAAGCAGAUGAUAUCCGGAAUAUAUGUAUUCUGGCACACGUCGAUCAUGGCAAAACAUCCCUCACAGACAGCCUCAUCGCGACGAACGGCAUCAUCUCCCCGAAACUGGCGGGCAAGAUCCGCUACCUUGACUCACGGCCAGAUGAACAGCUGCGUGGUAUUACUAUGGAGUCAUCAGCCAUUUCACUAUACUUCUCGAUGCUACGAAGAUCAGCCCCAGACGCCGCACCCGAGACGAAGGAAUACCUGAUAAACUUGAUUGAUUCGCCGGGCCACAUCGAUUUCAGCAGUGAAGUCUCUACCGCAUCGAGACUAUGUGAUGGUGCACUCGUAUUGGUGGACGCCGUGGAGGGAGUGUGCAGUCAGACAGUUACCGUUUUGCGCCAGACAUGGGUGGAGAAAUUGAAGCCGUUGCUCGUUAUCAAUAAGAUGGACCGACUUAUAACGGAACUUCAGAUGAGCCCCGCAGAGGCUUAUUCGCACUUGAGCAAACUCCUUGAGCAAGUCAAUGCUGUUAUCGGUAGUUUCUAUCAAGGAGAGCGUAUGGAAGAGGAUCUUCUCUGGAGGGAACGCAUGGAAGAACGUGUUAAUGCAGCUGCCGCGAAGGACAAAGACCAAGCAAAGAAGCUUGCUACUGACGAUGCAGACGGCACAAGUUCUCACGCUGGUACAGACUUGGACGAAUUCGAGGAGAAAGACGAUGAAGAUUUAUACUUUGCACCCGAGAAGAACAACGUUAUAUUCUGCAGUGCCACAGAUGGGUGGGCCUUCACGGUCAGGCAGUUUGCAGGGCUGUAUGAAAAGAAGCUCGGAAUCAAACGGUCGUCACUUGAAAAGGUGCUUUGGGGGGACUUUUACCUAGACCCGAAAACGAAGCGAGUCUUGGGCUCAAAGCAUCUCAAAGGACGGGCUCUUAAGCCCAUGUUUGUUCAGCUGGUACUGGAUAGUGUUUGGGCGGCAUAUGAGGCUACCACUGGCGGUGCCAAAGGAAAGGGCGAUCCUGUCAUGCUUGAGAAGAUUAUAAAGUCGUUGAAUAUCACAAUACCACCUUAUGUCCUCAGGUCUAGAGAGUCUAGGAACAUACUGCUGGCCCUCUUCUCAUCAUGGCUGCCACUAUCUACAGCCGUGCUGGUAUCUGUGAUGGAAUACCUUCCCAGUCCUCGAACCGCACAGGCUGACAGACUUCCUGAAUUGAUAAAAAACUCACCAGCCUCUGAUUUGGUCGACCAGAAGAUCAAAGAUGCCAUGAUUGAUUUCAACACCGGCCCUGAUGCCCCUGUCGUAGCCUAUGUCAGCAAAAUGGUCGCGAUACCGGAAAGCGAGAUGCCGCAGAACACUAAACGAGCAGGUGCAACACUAACAGCUGACGAAGCUCGAGAGUUGGCGCGGAAGAAGCGAGAUGAAAUAGCAAAGAUGCAGGCAGAGGCUACUGAGCAGGGCGAUGACUUUAGUCGAGUCACAUCGGCACUUGCGAGCGCAAGCCUGGACGACCAAGAAGACAAGACGGAAGAAAAGGUGGACAAAGAGCAUCUCAUCGGGUUUGCCAGAUUGUAUUCGGGAACAUUGAAUGUUGGCGAUUCGCUAUAUGUUCUGGCUCCCAAGUUCUCGCCAGCGAACCCACACGCGAGCCCAGAGCCUAAGAAGGUCACCAUCACAAACUUGUAUCUCCUCAUGGGGCGGAGUCUAGAACCUCUCAAGUCGGUUCCUGCAGGUGUAGUCUUUGGAAUCGAGGGACUAUCCGGACAUAUCCUCAAGACUGGCACAUUAUGUAGCCAGUUGGAGGGCAGUAUUAACUUGGCUGGUGUAUCCAUGUCAAGCCCACCGAUUGUCCGAGUUGCCCUUGAACCAGCCAACCCAGCAGACCUCAACAAAAUGAUCAAUGGGUUGAAACUACUUGAACAAAGUGAUCCAUGCGCGCAAUACGAAGUUCUGCCGAAUGGUGAACAUGUGAUAUUGACAGCCGGCGAAUUGCACCUGGAGCGAUGUCUGAAAGAUCUUCGAGAGCGAUUUGCGAAAUGUGAAAUCCAAUCUGGUGAGAUGAUUGUGCCGUUCCGCGAGAGCAUCGUUAGUACCACUGAAAUGGCACCUCCCAAGAAUCCAGACUUGGGACGUGGAACUGUAUCGACUAUUUCGCCUUCGAAGCAACUAAGCAUCAGAUUGCGUGUACUUCCUCUCCCAUCGGAAGUCACUGAGUUCCUGACAAAGCAUGCGGGAACCAUCAAACGACUACAAUCCGAGAAGAGGGCAAAAGUAGACCAGAAGGCUAUAGAAGCAGAGGAAGCAAGUGAGGGGAUCGAAAACCGGGAGGUGGAAGAAGCAGAAUCUCUCGAAACGAAUGUUCUCUCGGUAGCUGAAUUCAAGCAAGAAUUACGCAAGUUGUUGGCAACAUCGAAAUAUGAGCAUAUCAAUGCAGAUACGGUGGAGAAGAUUAUAUCUUUUGGUCCACGACGGAUAGGGCCGAAUGUGUUGAUUGAUGCUACUACCGCCAAUGCUAGUGAUAAGUUUCUAUCCGAGGACCAAAGGAGCACUCACAAUGGUCAACUCAGUCGACAAACAAUCACCAUUCGCGAUCUUUCCGAUAAGAUCGUCUACGCAUUCCAACUCGCUACUGGACAAGGCCCUCUCUGUCACGAACCCGUUCAGGGUAUUGCCGUCGUUCUUGAGGAUAUUGCUCUUCAUGUCGAGAGCGAAGAUGCAAUUGACUUUGGCCGCUUGACGGGUGAAGCGAUUCGCAUCGUGCGUGACUCCGUAUCACAGGGAUUCCUGGACUGGAGUCCCCGUAUCCUACUCGCAAUGUACAGUUGCGAGAUUCAAGCAUCCACCGAAGUCCUAGGCCGAGUCUACGGCGUCAUAACCCGACGCCGCGGCCGCAUCCUCUCCGAAACCAUGAAAGAAGGAACCCCCUUCUUCACCAUUUUGUCGCUGUUACCCGUCGCCGAAUCAUUCGGGUUUUCAGACGAAAUCCGAAAACGAACGUCUGGCGCCGCAUCACCUCAACUCAUCUUCGCCGGGUUUGAGGCUCUGGAUGAAGAUCCGUUUUGGGUCCCCGCGACGGAAGAAGAGCUAGAAGAUUUGGGUGAGUUGGCUGACCGCGAGAAUGUAGCGAAGCGGUAUAUGGAUGCUGUCAGGACGAGGAAGGGGUUGUUUGUGGCGGGGAAGAAGUUGAUUAAGGAUGCGGAGAAGCAGAAGACACUCAAGCGGUAG